CACCCGCGAGUCGCCUCGACCUCUGCUGCGAUCUUUCGCACCAAAAUCAGCCUCUCUCUCUCUCUCUCUCUCUCUCUCUCUCUCUCUCUCUUUCUGUCCUCUUUCCUUCUUGUCGUUGAUUAUUUUUUCCGGCGAUAGGAAGAAAUUGUCGAUGUCGUCCAUCGCCGGUGCCACCUUCCCGGGGGCGGCGCAAUCUUUCUGGUGCCAUCAGUGCAGCGGCACGGUCACCAUCACCCCUUCCCUCUCGGGCGAGCUUCUCUGCCCUAACUGCUACGGCGGUUUCGUCGAGGAGAUCGACUCCGUCCCCAACCCUAACCCCAGCCCCGUUCCCCACCCCUUUGCUCAGAGCCCCUUCUUCUUCAAUCUCCAAGAGCACUUCUCCUCCCCCGUGGCCACGGCCGGCAUAGGCGGUGGAGGAGCGUCGCCAUUCGCUGCGAGUCUUGCCGGCUUCCCGCUCGUAUUCUCCUCCUCCGGGAGUAUUGAUCUGUCUGGCGAGAUGUCCCCCAGAUCCACCCCCUCCGGCCCGGACCCGGACGUCUUCAACCCCUUCCUCUUCCUCCAGAAUUAUCUCCAGAACCUGAUCGCUGGUGGUGCAAACAUCCAGUUCGUCCUUGAGAACCACCCCGGUGAGGGCGGGGGCAUCCGAUUGCCUGCUAACCUCGGCGAUUACUUCAUAGGCCCAGGUCUCGAGCAGCUUAUCCAGCAGCUGGCGGAGAAUGACCCUAAUCGAUAUGGCACUCCUCCGGCGGCGAAGUCGGCGGUUGAGGCGUUGCCGGACAUAACAAUUACACAACAGCUCCUUAAAACGGAUUUGGCGCAAUGUGCUGUCUGCAAGGAUGAUUUCGAGAUUGGUUCUGCGGCGAAGCAGAUGCCUUGCAAGCACAUAUAUCACGCUGAUUGCAUCCUUCCUUGGUUGGAGUUGCAUAAUUCUUGUCCCGUAUGCCGAUAUGAGCUCCCGACCGAUGAUCCUGAUUACGAACAAAGGACAAGGAGCGGGCAGACGCCGGCAACAGGUGGACCUGGAUCUACGGGAGUAUCUUCACAGCCAGGCACGCCAGGCACACCAGGUCGAAGGUUUAGGAUAUCUCUACCCUUGCCUUGGCCGUUUAGAAAUUCUGGUUCGCAGGCAGAAACUAGCAACAGUGGUGAAGGAAGGAACACAGAGGGUGGUGGGAGUAGAAGUUCCGGUAAUCGAGAUAUGAACUCAGAAACCAGGCAGGAGGACCUAGAUUGAUGAUGAGAGGAAAAGGGCUGGAGGGCGAUCAUAUUUGAUGUGGAUGAUGCUAGUAUUGAAUUUUGCAUGGUUUUCCCUGUUUUAUCAUUUUUUUUAAUUCAUAGAGAGCAUCAUCAACGGCGAGAUUGGCAAACAUCAACUGUGAAGAUCAAUUUCUAUUUCUUGAGUUACAGUGAAUGUAAUCCCUGAAGAUCAUUUUGUAUUUGUUGAGUUAAUGCUUUCCCCUCUCUUUAUGGUGAUACACUUGUGUCAAUAUCUAUUAUACAUGAAUUUUUAACAGUUAAAUCUUGUAUAUGCAACAACCACCUCGUGUUAUUUUCA